CAAGUUUCGCGCGCGUCGCGUCGACCAGAUCCGGACCACUUUAAAAAUGAUCGUCGUAAACAAAAACUCCACAGCGCAAAUAUCCCUUCAUCCUUUAUGCCCAUAUCCCAUAACUCUUAACCCUCUUAGUGCUCCUUUGAACAUCCAUUAUCUUCUUCCAUCCUCAUUGCCAUAUUUACAGAGUAGCUCCUUACCUUCAACAAUUAUCUUAAUUCUCUAUAAAACAACCCCGAAGGAAAGCAUUAUGGGCGCUAAGCUCCUUCACUCCCGCCCCUCGAGAGCUUCAGCCCGCCGCCUUCCACCACAGCAGAGCGCGAUACAAUCAUUUGCAAAGACUACAAAAUCAGGGGCAAGGGCAGGAAUAUCUAAUGCCAAAGAGGCCCUUUCCUCGAAGAAGCGCAAAGUCGAAGGUAUCCAGGUCGAGAUUAGCAGCAGCAAUGAGCCGGAGAACUCAUGCGAUGAGGACGCCGGUGCAAGAGCGUCUAAAGUAGCAAGGCGGAGCAGGCUCUCUACCUUCUUAUCUACGUCCCAUUCUUCCUCUUCAUCAUAUAUUACACCACAUUCGACAUCUCCCGUAACCUCAACGGAGAGUAUCAGUCCACCCAAUAGCACAUUCCAGCAAACCCCAUCCGAUACCGAUACCGAUACCGACACCGCUGAGAUAUUAGAUAAUAACGAGGGCGACAGACCUGAAUCUUACUACGAUCUCACAACCCUACAUUCUUCUUUUCUUACCGCCCUAUCACUACAUUAUGCUCAUAAUAGCCCAAGCACACCUGCGGAUCUCAACCAACUACUUCCUUGCAUAGAGAAGAUAUGGAAGAAACGUAGGGUCGAGAGGCAGGACCUACAAAGAUUACUAUAUAUAUUAGAGAGUGGCCCUAAAAUAUCAGCCGACGAGGGGGAUCCAAGCGCAAGCACGCGCUUUAGAAUCGCCAAAUAUAGCGUCGGAAAGACCUGCUUGGAGUUACUAAAUACAAAUAUCUCGAGAAAUACAUUCGGUCCUCCAUUCAGCGAAGCGGAGUUGAACAAUCAAUUUACUCGCAACCUGGAAUGCAUCUGGCAAGGGAAGCUAGAAAGUUCUGAUCAGCAACGAUCAAACAUCGAUUUCCUACGCACCAUUCCACUCGCGCCCAUCCACGACUCAACCACCACCUUUCACUCGUUACGCAUUGGACAACAACGCCUUCUCGAUUUCCAAAAGGGAGUAUUAGGAGUGAAAGCGACAGUCGAUAAUCCCGCAAGCGGCAAACGCGAUGGAGGAGCAGCAGCACGUGCAAGAAGCUCAGGUGGUACCGGCACUGCAGGACGACGGAAUGGGCUUCUUCAAAGGGUCCAGAACAAACAACUCAAACAGACGACGCUCGCCCCGCCGCCGACAAAGGACGCGAUCCUACGUCGUUCAGCCAUUGAUCUAGUUGAAGAAGUCGUUGGCGUGUUGAUUUUAUUGAGGCCGUCGUGUUCGUCUGCGUCUUCUUCUCUCCUGAGCGGGGAAGGUGGGUCGCUAUCCUCCGCCACGGCUGUUGCGCCGUCUCACAAGAAGCCGUAUAGAUGGAACACCAUUAUCCAAAAUAUUCGAGAUUCCUUGAGAUGUCCGAUUUCAAAGCUAGAGGCGGAAGCCUGUUUGGAUCUCCUGGCACAGCCGUCGGUGGCUGGGGACUGGAUCAGUAUUGUUACCGUUAAUAGAAUCAAGUCUGUCGUGUUGAGGUCUGGGAGUGAUAUAUCACCGCAGGAGAUUGGCAUGAGAGUGGCGCGAUUGGAGACCUGAUUGUUUCUUCGGAUUUUUUCCCCCUCUUUUCUUUCUUCGAUAUCUUGGUGUGGUGUCUUGCGUAUGGCACUCGUUGCAUUUCAUUUUUUGCAUAUAAACGGCGUUCAGGUGGUUUUCAUCAUAGAGCAUUCAUUGUCUGCUUCGACAUGCACCCCUAGGUGCAUGUACGGGCAUGUAUAUAUUAGAUCAGAGUCUGGAUAGGGAGCCUCCUAGAAUUCUCCUUAAAGGCGUGUACACCACCGACUCUUAUACCCAAUAGAACGGAACACGUUUCUUACAAUUAUAUUCCCAUCUUGUAAAGUACAAGAUCUUGAUGCUCAUUAAUAAUCCCCAUGGCCCAACUCUGUUCCAGAAUUUCUGCAAGAGCAUCUGCACUGCAAACGGCGAAUACAUAAAUUGGGAAGGGCUCCGGCCUACCCCUGGGAACGUCAGGCUCAAAAGGAUACAUUCCAUAAUAAUCUAAUCUUCUUAAUUCGAGGUAGC